UAGAGGCCGUCGUACUGCCCGAGCAUGUUUGGUUUGUAGCCUGUUGUUGCUUUUUUCCAGUGGUACAAACUCCAACGUAAAUCCGAGGAAUAUACAACUGGAAACAAACGAGUUCAGCUCUAAGUAACAACCUGUGGUCGCUCACCUUUGGAACUGCACAAUGCUGCGCAUUUUGAACAGGGAAUCCUUCUUUGGCUUGGAUCCUGUCCAGCAGCAGCAGCUUCUGAUAGGGUCAGCGGUGGCAGUAGGGGGCAUACUGGCAUACACAAUGUACAAAAGAAGACAAGUCAAGAGGAUUCCUCUUGGUGAAGGAUGGUGGGGAGCAGGAGAGGCGCCACUGUCAGAGGAUGCUCAAAUCUACCCUUUUCAAGUCCAGACCUCAGAUGAAGAGAUUCAGGACCUUUAUGAGCGCCUUGAUAGAGCCCGCUACACAAAUCCUUUAGAAGAUAGUGGCUUCCAGUAUGGUUUCAAUUCCACUUAUCUCAAGAAAGUGAUUACCUAUUGGCGACAAGAGUUUGACUGGAAAAAGCAGGUGGCAAUGCUUAACAAGUAUCCACACUUCAAAACCAAAAUAGAAGGAUUGGAUGUGCACUUUGUCCAUGUGCGACCACCACCCCGUGAGAAUCAGAAGGUCCUGCCUCUUAUGUUUGUUCAUGGCUGGCCUGGCUCCUUCUUUGAGUUCUACAAGAUUCUGCCAGUUCUCACACAGAACCACGAUGGUGUUGCAUUUGAGGUCAUCUGUCCAUCUAUUCCAGGCUAUGGCUAUUCAGAAGCCCCUCAUAAACAAGGAUUCAACAGCCUUGAUGCUGCCCGAGUUUUCCUGAUACUGAUGGAGCGUUUAGGGUUCUCCCAGUUCUAUCUGCAGGGAGGAGACUGGGGCUCUCUCAUCACCACCAACAUGGCACAGAUGAAGCCUGAGUGCGUGAAAGGGCUCCACUUAAACAUGUGUUUAUCAAGAAAGGGAUUCAAAGUGCUGUUGUCCCUCAUCAUUGGUCCUUAUCUGCCUUUCCUGGUGGGCUUCAGUCGGGAAGAUGUCCGCCGGCUGUUCCCUUUCUUUGAGAAGAAUGUCUGGAACAUGCUGAAGGAGUCAGGCUACAUGCACAUUCAGGGCACUAAACCAGACACUGCAGGCUGUGGAUUGAAUGACUCUCCUGUAGGCUUAGCUGCCUACCUUCUGGAGAAAUUCUCCACCUGGACAGAUAUGAAGAACAGAGAUCUGGCCGAUGGUGGACUGGAGAGGAAAUUCAGCCUGGAUGACCUCUUGACAAAUGUCAUGAUCUACUGGACCACAGGCUCCAUUGUCUCCUCAAUGCGCUUCUACAAAGAGAACUUCAAGACUGAUCCUGAUCAAAGGGUGGAUGGAAGAACAGGGAUAUUUGUGCCCACUGGAGUGGCUGCCUUCCCCGAAGAGCUGAUGCACUGCCCUAAAUCGUGGGCAGAAAUGAGGUAUCGAAACAUCUGCUCCUACACUUUCAUGCCUCGAGGUGGUCACUUUGCUGCCUUUGAGGAGCCCCAGCUUCUAGCCAAGGACCUUGUCCAGUUUGUCCAGAAAGUAGAGACAUUCUGAAUUUGAACCCUUUGAUGCACUCUCAAA